AUGGUGAAGGUUACUCCAGAUGUGCUUCUCAGAUCGACAUCAAGCGCCAAUAAAAAAGGAGAUGAGACUUUCAAAAAUCUUAUGGGCAAAACGACACACUUGUACAUGAAUAAUAAGAAUAUCGAUGAUGCGGGAGAUGCAUUUAAUCAUUGCACCAGACUCCAAGUUCUCUAUUUGUAUGAAAACAAUUUAACUGCCAUACCGAAGCUUUCAUCAAAUACAUGUUUAACCCACUUAUAUCUACAACAAAAUAAUAUAUCCAGGAUAUGUGGUUUGGAGAGUCUUGUUAAUCUAGAAAAAUUGGUUUUAUCAGGAAAUAAAGUUGCGGUUCUUGAAGGAUUGGAAUCUCAAAAAAAUCUGAGAGAUCUUCGGAUUGACCACCAGCGACUUCCAACUGGAGAGGGUAUAAUCGUGGAUCCACGAAGUACCCUAACUCUUAAAGCACUGCGAAAUCUUGACAUUUCCAGAUCUGGUUUGAGCUGUCUAGAAGGUCUGGAACAUCUAACCAAUUUGGAACGUCUCGAUCUCAGAUCAAACAGACUCUCGAAUGAAACUGAACUUUCAAAUUACCUAUCUCAAACACCUAAAUUGAAAGAUUUGACCAUUGCGGGAAACCCUUUAUCGAAAAUUCCAAGAAUUAAUGAGAAAAUUAUCGUUUCAGCUAGAAAUUUAGAAAUUCUCGAUGGGAAGGAAAUUCCAACCUCACGUCGAAAAUUCAUCGAAGGUUUGCUAAUUCAAAUAUCGCUGCCAAAGAAAGCUCAACAAGCCUUGUAA